AUGGGCGCCUCGCUGAUCGCCACAGCCAUCAAUUUCGACACCCUCUUCGGAGCUCUGCUCGUAGGAGCAUCCCUCAUUCUUACCAUGCACUCCCUCGCCAGGAUGAUCUUCUUGAAACGAACUGCUUCCAAAUACCAUCUCUUCCCUAUCAUCAACGUCGCCCAAUUUGUCAACGAAAUCUGCGUCUUCUUCCUCAUUACCGCCGCCUUUGAUACAAUCUCCUUCCGGACCGCACUCUGGCUCAAUGUCAUCAACAACGUUGCCUACUUUAUCACCAAACCUAUCACCAUGUAUCUCGCUUACCUCCGGUGCUCUGCCGUCUUUCCUGCCUUCCGGAAGCUCAACUGGCUGCAUUACUUCCUCAUUGGCUUCCGAGCUCUCGAGUUGUUUGUAAUCGUCAUCGUCAACAUUAUCCAGAACCAACUCUGUGACGGAUCUGUCGACAAGGGAACACGGUGUGCGCCUUUGGCGAUCGCAUGGACGUUCCGCGAUGCUGGUGCACCAGUCUUCCGAUUCUAUUACAUCAUCUGUGAGGGCAUCUUUUACUAUAAGCUGUUCACCACGCUCAAGGGAAUGAGCUCCGGCAAGAAUAUCGAGCUGAUGCAGUACCGUCGGCUCCAGACCUCCCUGUUUACGGUCGAUCUGAUCCUCCUCAUUUUUAUGUCUAUCUACCGCAUCAUCGGUAUCUUCAACACGCACCUGCCCACAUACGUCUACUACGAACUCUUCUCCUCGACGUUGACCAUCUUUACCCUCACCGAGUUUGGUCUCAACAUCCGUAUGCUCUUCAAUUCGGUCAGCGGAGACGGCCGAACCAAUUCGGACGUGGUGAGCGAUGGGCUGCGCGGACCCGAUGGCAUGCAUUCUAGUAAGCUGGAGAUGGGUGCGGUCUCGUCGAAUCGACCCCGUCCCCUGACCAACAAUUCGACUUCUCCUCUGGCCAGUAACGCCGCCGGCUUUGGCAACGGCAGCGAGAUUGAUAUUUCGACCUCGGCGCACCAUCAGAACUAUACUUUAUACGGUUCGCAUCCCCAUUCUAACGACUGGCGCUACCCAUUCUCGGCGAAUGACCCUGCUGUGCAGUUCUAUGACAGCGUAGAGAACCUUCAUGAAAAGCAGGAGCCGACUCAGCGUCCUAGUCUGAGUUUCUCGAUACCCGAGCGAACACCUGCUGUCCCUGAUCGCACAUUGACCGUGCCGCUACGUUCUUCGGCGCGCCAUCGACUUGAGAGCGGCCGAAGAUAG